AUGACGGAUGAAUGGAUGAUUCAACCAAAGGUGAAAAAUGCAAAAUUGAAAUACUCUGAUGUUUGGAAUGUCUUUGGUGUGCCUGUAAAAAAAGAUAAUUCCGGUGUAUUUUGUGUUAUUGAUGGAUAUGCAUCAUGUUUCAACUGUAACAGUACAUACGUCAAGAAGAAAGAUACUGGUACGAUUCCUCUUAGAAAUCAUCCAUGUUUCAAAAACUAUAUCAUGGAACAGGAACAGCAAGAAAGCCUAAUAUUAAAAACACAGGCAUCAUCAACUACUCAGAUUUUACCUCAAACAGCUGCUUCUGGCAUCAAUCCAUUAACCUCGUACGGUUUAGUUAUUAAAUCAAUUAGAUUAACGCUCCACGAAAAAUUAAGAACCAAAGAAAGUAUUGUUCAAUGGUUAUGCCGAUCUAUGAGACCAUUUUCAAUUGUAAAUGAUAUUGGCUUACGAAAUAUUGUCCAACAAGCAAUAAGCUUAGGAGCAAAAUAUGGUAAUAUCGACGUGAAUUCAAUGCUGCCUCAUCGAAGUAUCAUAACUGAACAUAUGAAAAUAAUGGCUGAUAGUCAUCCUAUGCAUAAGUACACAGAACCGGAUAAAAGGGCUGAAAACAUUAUUGUAGCUAUGAAUAAAGCUUUGUCACCAUUCGACUUAAAUUUGUCCAAUACAAAUAUUAUGUGCGACAGAGGAAGUAAUUUUGUUAAAUGUUUUAAAUGCUAUAAUCCAUUACAUUGUUAUGCCCAUCGACUUAAUAAAGUAAUCAAGAAAUGUUUUUUUCAAAAUGGUCUAAAGCGUACAAUCGAUAAAUCAUCUAUAGCAUGUACAACAGCAACAACAUCAAGUAUUACUACUUGCAAUGAUAUUUUACAUUCAUCAGAUGACGAUUCUUGUGAUGAAGCAGAUGAUGAUUAUGUGCCAUCCUUCAAAAUUAAGUCAAAACGAAAAACAAAGUCCCACAACUCCCGAGUUAAAAGAACAAAUUCAUCGUUUUCAAUGAUUGAUCACGUCAAGUUAGAUGCAUCAGAGAUACCAAUUGAAGCGCGUGAAUAUUUAGUUAAAUUGAAAGAAGUUAAACACAUAAUCAAAUAUGUGAAAAAAGCAGGUUUAAACGAUGAAAUAAAAUCGAUGGCAUCUAUAUCUUUGAAGCAAAGCAGUUCGGUUCGUUGGUUAAGUUUAAUGAAUUCACUACAAAGCCUUCAUCGUGCUUAUAAAGCCACUAGAAAAGUAUUACAAAAACAUGACAGACAUGUUUACAUCAAUCCGAAUGAUUUAAAAUGGUUGAUUCGUUUGUUAUUACCGUUCCAAGUGAUAACCGAGAAAGUUCAAGCAGGUAAUAAGCCAUCGUUGCAUUAUGUGCUCUUAUCUACAUUCAUGCUUCGACGUAUUCUAUCAUCAACCGAAGAAUUACAACAAUUCGAUGCUGAAAUCAAUGGCAAAGAAAAAUCCGAUAUCAAUAUUGGCUUUGAUGAACAACAAAGUGAUGAAGAUAGUGAAUUAAACAUAGAAACUGAACCUUUAGGAAUUUCAUUUUUUCGCGAGAGAUUGAGCGUUUUACUCGAAAGCAUGUUUGACUUAGAUAUUCGUCACUAUGCAGCUGUACUGUUGCAUCCAAAGUAUAGUAAAAUGAUGCAUUGUUCAAAAAAUGAAAUUGAGCAAACCUACAAAUGGAUACGUGAUGAGUUGAAAAAAAUUAAUAUCGAUGACACUGCUACGAAUGCAAUCGAUUUGAAUUUAUCAUCAAAAAAGGCGAAAAAAUCAUCCUUGUUUGAAAUCUACUCCAAUUCAUCUACUACAAAUUCUCCAGGCCGCAGUGUUAUUGAUAUUGAAGAUGAUGACAAUGAUCAAUAUUCAAAUAAUGAUACGACCCUUCAUGAUGAAUUGAAUCAUUAUCUUUUCUUAGUAAAGAAAACAGAAGAUGAACCUGAGUCAAAAAAUGAAGAUCCUCUGCUAUGGUGGAAAACAUACAAUAAGGAUUUACGAAAGUUAUCUAUAUUGACACGACGAAUAUUUUCAAUACCUGCAACGUCGGCCUCAGUUGAGAGGCAAUUCAGUAGUGCAGGAUUAAUCUUCAAUGAUCGACGAACGCGAUUGUCAGGUGAAAACUUAGAAAAUAUUAUUUUGGUCCGAUCCAUCGAAAUUCAAGAAUUAAAUGAUAUUGGUGCAUUAAAUUAG